AUGGUAAAAAGAACCUCGACUCCUUUUCCAGAAAAAACUAUUAAUAAUGAGCAUAAGUUGAUGAUGAUGAAAUAUUGCAAUAAAUUAUUAUUAGUCGCAAAAAUUAAUGAUAUAGAUGCGAAAAAUGAUGAGAGAUUAAUCGCAAUCCUUGUUGAUGCUUUAUCCAGUUACCAAGAAAUUCCAUUCAUGACCAUUGACAAUGAAGGGUCAUCAGAAAAAAUAAAUGGAAAGUACAGCUAUACUCCAGAUGAUUUUGAAACAAAAGUAAGAGGUAUUCUUUCUGGGAAGGUAGAGACUCAAAAAAUUGAGCAUAUUAAAGCUUUCCCUUUUCAGGGUUAUCAUACAGAAAAAAAGACAUAUUUACGAAUUUAUACGCAUGGUACUGGCAAAAGAAAAACAGCCACUAAGGCUGUUCAAGAUAAUAAUUACAAAACUACUUCAGAUAAUUUAUACUCAUUUCAUCGUAAGUAUCCUGUUAAAGCUCCUAAGGAAGGGGAGGAGGAUCUAGAGGUGAAAGAAUAUAUGGAUGGUCUAAUUAAGAUCAAAAUUAAUGUGGAAGAUGAUUUUACUUCUAGCUUCCUUAAACUGUCAGGUUACAUAUUGAUUGACUGUGGUCUUGACAGUAAGGCUGACAUGCCAUAUGAUAAAAUGUGA